CUCAUCCUAGCUAGUUUGAUACCUUUCUUGCUUCAUAUAAUUUUUUUUAUUUAGGAGACAUGGUAGUACUACUAAGUGGUAAAAUUAGUAUUGAAGUUGUGAUCCAAGUAGCGGCUUCAAAGUUCUUUGAUGUUUUGGCAAAGCAAUUCCACAAUGUUCCAAACAUUUGUGAAAGAAUCAAUGGAUCCAAGUUGCAUCAAGGUGAUGACUGGCACAGCACUGAUUCAGUUAAACACUGGACUCUUCUCAUAGAUGGAAAAGUGAAAACAUUAAAGGAGAGAAUUGAAGCCAUUGAUGAAGAGAAUAAAUCAAUCAUUUACCAAGUCUUUGAUGACGAUAUCAGUGAGCACUAUAAGGUCUUUAAGUUCAUCCUUGAAGUGAAUGAGAAGAAUGAUGAAUGUGCUUGUGUCAAAUGGACUAUUGAAUAUGAGAAGAUCAAUGAGGAUGUUGAAACUCCAUAUGCAUACUUGGACUUCAUUGAGAAGACUACUAAGGAUAUUGCUGAUCAUGUUCUCAAGGCAUAGCUCCAACAAUCACAUAAUAAAAAACAAUAUCAACUAAAGAAUAAUGUUUGUUUCGUCAUAGUAUUUAUCUAAUUUUAAUAAUUAAAUAUUUGAACGAUAAGGAUGUUCUCAUUGUUCUUAUGAAUGUGCUUUAUGUUAUUGAUGAUUUCCUGUUGAAUGUUGAAUGUAUUAACUAAAUAAGCAGUGAAUUUCUCUAUUGUAUUACCAGAUUAUAUUAUCAAUUAUGUUAGCUUCUGUUAUUAUAUUAAGAGAGAGUCAAUUCUGUUUUAGGAAGUUAGUUAAGCCUAGCAGUAGUUAGUUAGAAGAGUAGAUAUAUAAU